GGGUGUCGGUUUGUGAAGCGCCGUUGAGCCCAGCAAGUGCUGAAAGGCCGGGGUCGUGGACCCCUGCCAGGUCGCAGCAGCACGGAGGUGGAGGGUGUCGCCGAGGGCGCGGGGCCGGGCGCCGCCAGCGGCGUGCUCCGCCCCGGGGCCCCCGCCCCGGCUCCUGGCCAGGCGCCGGCUCCACCCCCCGGCCCGGCCCCGGCCUCGCAGUUCACCCUUCUGGUGAUGCGCCCCUGUGGAGGGCAGGACGAGGCUGCGGCCGAGGGCGUCCUGAGGCAGGCUCCGGCCCUGGGGGGCAGCGCCGGGGCGGGCCAGCCUGUUAGGUACCUGUGUGAAGUGGCAGGGGAUGCCGAGGAGGAGGCGGGCGAGGACGAAGCUGACCUGCUGGACACUUCGGACCCCCCGGGGGGAGGGGAGAGCACGGCUAGUUUGGAGGAUCUGGAGGACGAGGAAACCCACUCCGGGGGCGAGGGCGGCAGCGGGGGAGCCCGGAGACGGGGCAGCGGCGGGGGCAGCCUGAGCAAGACCUGCACCUACGAGGGCUGCAGCGAGACCACCAGCCAGGUGGCCAAGCAGCGCAAGCCGUGGAUGUGCAAGAAACACCGCAACAAGAUGUACAAGGACAAGUACAAAAAGAAGAAGAGCGACCAGGCCUUGAACUGCGGUGCGGCCGCCCCGACUGGCAGCGGGGGAAACGUCAAACAGGAGGAAAAUGCAGACAACAUACUCUCCGUUGUUAAACAAAGAACGGGAUCCUUUGGGGAUCGUCCUGCAAGACCUACUCUUUUAGAACAAGUGUUAAAUCAAAAAAGACUGUCAUUACUAAGAAGUCCAGAAGUGGUGCAGUUUUUACAGAAACAGCAACAACUAUUAAAUCAGCAAGUUUUGGAGCAAAGACAGCAGCAAUUUUCAGGAACGUCGCUGUGAGGGAAUUUAUGAAGAUCUACAUGUUUUUUAUCUUAUUGUAAUAGAUGAACAUAUUUUUAUACUAAAGAUAAGUGGGGGAAGACAUGCUGGUACAACAUAAUCAUUUUCCUGUAAAUGUACGCAUGCAUUUGGGGAUAAAUACGUAUUGCACUUUGUGCAUAUAAUCCUCUCAGAUCACCAUGAAUUUGCAGAGAUCAGCUUAUCUUCCAAAAAUAACAUUUAAUUACAAGGUUUUUUAAACAAAGUGUUCCUCUUCAGUCAUUGUUACUGAAGGUAAUGAAGCAGUUACUUUCUGUGGAAGUCAUGAAGUUAAUAGAUAUUAAUCUUGGGUCAUCUAGCUCAGUGGUUCUCAUCCAGGGGCAGUUGGAACUCUGUGGUAUGUUUUUUGAUUGUCACAGUGACCUUGAAAACUGCUGCUUUUUAGUGAAUGGGUCAGGAAUGCUAAAUGUUCUGCAGUGUCUGGAAUGGUCCACACAACUAAGAAUUGUCUUACAAUGCCAAUAAUACUCCACUUAAGAAACACUGAUAGCUACUUGUAAUGAUAAAAUGUAGCUGGGCACCCAGAAUUAGGUUCUCAUGAUAACCUUAUCUUUGCAGUUAAGACUAGAGCUGUCAAAGAGGAAGCAUAUUUUAUAUGUAGAAGAAAAGGGAUCAUUGUUAAAUAUCUGAAAUUAGGAUGUGCAUCUCUUUUCAGAGAUAUGCUGGUAAAACCUAAGAGAGGGACUAAGUACACUGCAAUGAAGGCAUCUCCUGAAGUUGGCUUCCCUACUUGUUGUUACCUGUUAGUGUUGAUCUCUGUUAAAGAGGCAAUCUUGUGUUUUGAAUUUGUGAACAGUAUAGAUAUAUCUCAUCCCACAAAUGCCAGGUCAAAAUUACUCUUUUUAUGCUCAUUUCUUUUUUCAUUUUUUUGUUUUUCUUUUUUUCGUGAGGAUGAUAGGCCCUGAGCUAACAUCUGUGCCAGUUUUCCUCUAUUUUAUGUGGGAUGCUGCCACAGCAUGGCUUGAUG